ACUUGGCCCAUUUACCUGUCAUUGCGGUCUUUUACUCUUCUCAAUACCUUAUUAAAACCCUAUCUCACUCACUCACUCACACCGUUCCAUUUCUCAACAACUUCUGCUACUUCCUACUCCAACCGCACUUCUGUUCCGCAAUUAUCAUGGGCAAGGUCAAGAUCGGAAUCAACGGAUUUGGAAGAAUUGGCCGUUUGGUAGCCAGAGUGGCUCUGCAGAGAGACGAUGUUGAACUCGUUGCCGUUAACGACCCUUUCAUCACCACCGAUUACAUGACAUACAUGUUUAAAUACGACAGUGUUCAUGGACACUGGAAGCAUCACGAUGUCACCGUUAAGGACGAGAAGACCCUUCUCUUCGGUGACAAGCCAGUCACUAUUUUUGGACACAGGUUUUUAUUUUUCACUUUAAUUUUUCUUACUGUUUAUGAUUGUUGUGUCCUGCAUGUAAACGUUGAGUGUUGUUUUCUCUGUGAACUCAGAAACCCUGAAGAGAUCCCAUGGGGGUCAACUGGAGCUGACAUCAUUGUUGAGUCCACCGGAGUUUUCACCGAUAAGGACAAGGCCGCCGCACAUUUGAAGGGUGGUGCAAAGAAGGUUAUUAUUUCUGCCCCCAGUAAGGAUGCCCCCAUGUUUGUUGUUGGUGUCAACGAGCACGAGUACAAGCCAGAGCUUGAUAUUAUUUCCAAUGCUAGCUGCACAACCAACUGCCUUGCCCCACUUGCCAAGGUUAUCAAUGACAGGUUUGGCAUUGUUGAGGGUUUGAUGACCACUGUUCAUUCCAUCACCGCUACCCAGAAGACUGUUGAUGGACCAUCAGCCAAGGACUGGAGAGGUGGAAGAGCUGCUUCAUUUAACAUCAUUCCUAGCAGCACUGGAGCUGCCAAGGCUGUUGGGAAAGUCCUCCCUGCUUUGAAUGGAAAAUUGACUGGUAUGGCAUUCCGUGUUCCCACCGUGGAUGUCUCUGUUGUUGACCUCACAGUGAGGCUGGAGAAAGAAGCUUCCUACGAUGAAAUUAAAAAUGCUAUCAAGGAGGAAUCAGAGGGCAAGUUGAAGGGAAUUCUUGGUUACACUGAAGAUGAUGUGGUCUCCACUGACUUUAUCGGCGAUAGCAGAUCAAGUAUUUUUGAUGCAAAGGCUGGAAUUGCAUUGAAUAAGAACUUUGUGAAGCUUGUUUCUUGGUACGACAACGAGUGGGGAUACAGCUCACGUGUCAUUGAUCUUCUUGUAUUCGUUGCCAAGAAGUCUCUUUAAGGUGUUACUUCAAAGUAGCUUGUCUUCACAUUAUUACCGUAUGUUUAUGUUUAGCUGCGAUUUAGUGUCUUGCUCGAGCAAAAAAUGAGAGGUCUGAAUAAAUCGGUUUCUGAAACCAGUGGUGUUACUUGUUGGAGGAGCAUUAGCUCUUUUUUGGACUUUUGAUGUUUUCUCUUGUGGAGGGGGAUCGAGUUUUUGGAUUUUUAUGUACUCGCUGAUGUACUUGGCUUGAAUACUUGCUAAUGUACUUGUUAUUGAUUGUUAUAGUAGAUAUUUGUCCGUCCUUUUUUUCA